GACCCGUAGUCCCACGUCGCACGCCCCACCACCAACCCUUCGGGUCCCCGGCACUUCACCAGCUCGCAGCCUCCGCCACACGCUCGACCCUCGAAAGCGCCCGUGCCCAUGCCCCUGCCCCGUAGGGGAGGGGAACCGCGCCAAGCCGGCGCCCGUGUGGUCCGCACUAGCCUCCCGCGGGCGACGCCCCGCUCCCCAAAGCGUGUCGGCCGCGGGGCCCCACUAUUGAGCCAUGCGCAACGCCUCACCCGGCGGCGCCAUUCCUCCGAGCAGGUCCCACCGGAGCCCGAGCAGGCAGACUUCCGCUCCGGGAAGUGGCUCCAAGAGCGCGCCGGAGGGGACGCCCGGGACCCGCGACACACGCCACUUGCCAGAAUGGGACACUCAAAGAAGGCCAAUGGUACAGAAGAAGUAGUGAUCCCUUGUGCUUCCGACAGUGACUCAGGGAGUGUAGAUCUACAGCUGAGCAACUUAGACGACGUUCAAAAAGGUGGACCUAGUGUUGAAUUCACAGAUUCGGACAUCGCUGACAUCCCUANACUCCCUCAGGAAUCCCCUCCAGACAACCUCAGAUUACUAACUGUCCAGGAGCCCCUCAGUGAGACUGGUGUUGAGAGGCUGGUCCAAUCCAUCCAGGAAGUUUUAAGUGGUGAGCUAAAGGGGGAAACUCAAAAGUUGAAGUUCCUAAGGUCUUUGUCUUCUUUGAGCCAAACUAUACCUUAUGACGAAAACACGGAAUCAUUUAUUCACCGCCACACAGCAGAAAUAGUGCAUGUUCUAAGUGUGCUGGUACAGGAGGAGCCUCUGCACUCUCUAACCAGCCUAGUGCGCCAGGAGAUCUUUGUCACUAUCACUGACCUCAGUUACCAAAAUGUCUUCCUGUUGUCUGGUUCUGAAGACCAAGAGGACUUGCUUGGACUUAUCACCAAAAGUAUAAUCUCUCUGCCCGCCACAAGCACCCCUAUCCACCUGCUGAGGAUAGUGUCCGACCAGGCCGUCGAGCACGAGUGUCUCUACAGGGAGACGUUCGAGGCCUUUUCUGUGAUGCUGCAGAGUCUGGUAAUAAAAGACCCACAUCUGGAAUUUUUUGACAGCAUUUUUAAGCACAUAGACCCCUGGUUACAGUCGGACAGAGACCACGAGCGGGAGCGGGCUACCACUGUCAUGGCCCAAGUCCUCAAAUGCUUAUCCAGUUAUCUCAACCUGAAGCUUCCACUGCAGUUCCAGAGGCUCGGAAAUCUCGUGGCUGUGAUGGCGCUGCUGUGUGGGGACCCACGGAAAGAGGUGGCUGAGGAGGCUGCAGAGGGGACACACUACCUGCUUCAUAUCACUCUGAGACUGAAGUAUAUCACACAGGACAGAGACAACAAUAGCAAGAGCUUGAGAGAAACUUUGAAAAAAUGCAGGGUGCUGCUGGAGCAAUAUAGCCUCAAACGGUUCUACUGCUGUCCCUACAAGAUUGUCCAGGUCUUUGAAGUUUUCCUUGAUUCUCGGGAGCUCGGCCAGUUUAUCAUGACUAUAUUGGACAGCCUCAAAAAUCUGCCGCAUCCCUGUAUCCAGCAGACAGCAGGAGACUUGCUAAUAACUUUGGUGAAGAAUGCAGAGGCUCGGUUUGAGAAGGUGCCAGAAAUAGUAGGUGUUAUCUGUGCCAGGCUGUCAAUAAUCACCCUGACUAGUGUCCGGCAACAAAUCAUAAAUACUGUGAGUCUGUUUGUCUCCAGACCUAAGUACACAGAUACAGUGCUCAGUCACCUUUUAUGUCAUCCAGUACCGUAUGACAGGCAUCUGGCUGAAUUGUGGAGAGCCCUGGAGGUAGAGCUGUCCAACACGACCUGGGUCCUGUGGAGGCUCCUGAGGAAGCUGCAGAAGUGCCAUGAGGGGCCCAGCCAGGAGAAGAUGGCCUACGUGGCUGUUGCUGUGACCGAUGCCCUUUAUGAGGUGCUUAUGGGGAACAAGCUCCGAGCGGCCGCAUUCCGACUCUUUCCUCAGCUUUUGAUGACACUGCUCAUCCAGAUUCACCACAGUAUCGGCCUCACCAUGUCUGACGUCAGCAUCCCAAGUGGCCUAUAUGCAGAGCAGGAAAUACCAACGGAGGUUACACCUUUGUGCUUCGCCAUACAAGCUACAAAGACUCUCCUCCUCAGAGCACUGUGCUGGCAGGAAUUCAGCAUCAUGGAAAAGAGCGGCGGAUGGGCCCUUCUAAAGGGAGAAGACCAUCUUCAGGGAGUAUUCCUCCUUGCCAAUGCCUUGAUGGAAAGAAGUCACCUCUUUGCAUAUAAGAUCCUGUACUUGCUGGUCCCUUUGAUUAACCGAGGGAAUGACAAGCAUAAACUCACAUCUGCAGGCUUUUUUGUGGAGCUCCUGAAGAGUCCAGUGGCCAGGAGAUUGCCUAAGGUAUACUCUACUAUCCGCCUGAAAACCUGGCUGAAUGAAGAGAGUAAGCUCUUCAGGAUCCUUGCCCUGAGAGGACUGCGCAAUCUUGUCAGACACCGGGAGAUGGAGAGUAGACGAGUCCUAACUCUUUGUGCCCGGUUCCUGAAUUGGAAGCUGCCCGGAGAAGUAUACUGCAAAGACCCCUUAUACAUCAAACCAAAUGAAGUUAGAAGGGUCUGCAAAUUCUUUGGAGAAAAAAGCAAGGGGAAGAUCGACAUCCUAGACCAAACACUAACCUAUUCCAAGGAUCCAAAACUUCCCAUCAGAAGAACAGCUGUCUUGUUUGUAGGGCUCUUUUCACAUUAUGUGGAUACCAGUGAACUCAAGAGGAAAGGUACUGACUGGAUAGAGAAUAAUCUGAGAGAACUGUUACAAGACCCCGAGCCCUCCUUGCGCAUCCUUGCCUCCCAGGCUCUGUUCCGAAUCCAGAGGGUGGGGAGUGCAUCAGAAGCAGAGACAAGCGUUUCCUGGUUGAGGAAGUUCUUGAACUGUCUUCAUGCUUAGACUGCAAAGCACAAGACAGCAGGCUUAAACCCCAGUCUGAAUCUACUUCCAUGCAGAUGAAACCUGUGAGCAAUAACAAAAUUAUCACAAGAAUAUAGAAUAGAAUGCACUCCAGUAUAUACAAAGUUGUCAGA